AUGGCAACGAGUUCUAGUACAACGAAAACGAAACCAGACAACCCAAAUCUCACCAGAUCAAGGUCUCUAGGCAGAAAGACAAAGCCAGAACCUGAAGCAAAACCAGAUGGGUCUGAUCGUAAAACAAACGAGAAGCCUGUGCCUAAUUAUCUGAAACCAACAAUCAGCUCGAGACCUAACCCGGUCAAGUUCUUGAAGAAGAACAACAAUGCUCACGAAGACAAUCAGAAGCUUCUUCUCAGACCUGUGGUUCCAAGAGAGAAGCCUGUCACUGGUGGUCUGCGUUCUACAUCUUUCCAUGGAAGCACCAGAGGUGGUCUUAGAGGAAGCAGUUCUGUGAAAUCGCCUCCUGUGGGUUCGAGAGGAUCUUCGGGCGUAAAGAAGAGCGGUCUGAGCGGUGGCAGUUCUUCUAAGAGCAAAGAAGAAGGUUCUGAGAAUGUUCUAAAGAAAUCUUCGGGUAAAGAGAUUACCCCGGACCUGGAAACUUCUCCUCUUGCCCCUGCUCACGAGGUUGAAGAGGAGAUUGUUAAGGUUGAGACCGAUGUACAAGUCUCUGACCACAGAGAAGAAACGAAAGAAGAAAAUAAAGACCAGGUUGCACAACCCGAUGAAUCCGGUGAAGAGGAGAAGGAGACCGUUCCUUUGGAUGCUGCCUCCAAAGAAGAAGAACAAAGGGGAGAACUUAUCAAUGAGGAUAAAGCGGAAGAGCAAAUAGAGGAGCCGAAAGAACCAGAAAACGACCGUGAAGACAAGGAGGAAGAAGUUGAAAAGAAGGCUGAUGAUGAGGAGAACAGAGAGACGGUUGUUUCGGAAAUGAAAGGAACUGCGAAUAAUGUCGAAGAAAGCAAGGAAAAGGAAGAAGCAGAAGUUAAAGAAGAAGAGAGCGAAAGCAGCAAAGUCGAAGAAGGAACAACAGAAACAAAGGAUCUAGUAGAAGAAGAAUUACCAGAGGAAGGAACAAAGAAGGAAGUGGUGCAAGGGAAGAAGGAAUCUCCAUCAGCUUACAACGAUGUAAUAGCAAGUAAGAUGCAAGAGAACCCGAGGAAGAACAAGGUCUUGGCUCUUGCUGGAGCUUUUCAAACCGUUAUCGACUAUGAAACUGCUGCAUCUAAGUGA